AUGGUGGCUUCGGAGAUGCGUCUUCCAUGGGAUUUGGUGGAAGAGAUACUCUCUUGGGUUCCACUUAAAUCUCUUAUACGUUUCAGAACCGUUUGCAAACGGUGGAAAGCUCUUUUCGAAGAGAAGAGAUUCACCAAAAACCAACUGGCUCGUGCCAGCCGUCCACAGUUCAUAUUGUUUAUUGCCGAAUCAAUGAUUUAUUCGGUUGAUGUCAUUCUCGACGGUUGUCCAUCGAUAGAGAUAAAGUUGCUUAAGUUACCCUUAGAUACUACCGCUUGUAUUCUUUCAAUGGAUUUAGUUGUUAAUUGUUGCGAUGGGUUAUUGCUUUGUUCUGUCCCGAGUAACCGGUUAGAGGUUUGCAACCCGUGGUUGAAACAGGCUAGUCCACGGAUCAAAACGUUUGAAAAAACUUAUUUCAAUGGCAUAGGAUACGAUAAUAGUAGAUCCGAUAGCGAUUGUUACAAGAUACUUGCGUCAAGUUUUACAACUGAGAAAACUUGGAUCACCGAGUUUGGAUCCAAUGCAUGGAAGUUGCACCAGUUUGCAUCCGAGAAUUGGUGGUUGAUGUCAGAUUAUAGUGUAUCCUUGAAUGGAACUUUGUAUUGGAUCGGUUGUAAUUCCAAGUGUCGUGAAUUUUUCAUCACUAGUUUUGAUUUUUCUACGGAGAAAUUCAAAAGAUAUUUUUGUGCAUUGCCUUGCAAGAGCGCUGAAGGCCUGGAUAGUAGGUCCCUCGAGGUUUUUAGGCGAGAUCGAUUUUCUUAUUUACAUCAAUGCAUUGAAACAAAGGAUAUAGAGAUUUGGGUGACAAAAAAGAAGAUUGAUAAUAAGGAUGGAGAGAGUGUGGAGUGGAUGAUGUUCAUGAAUGUGUCAGUUCCUUACACGUCGAAAUUAAGAGACAUGUGCUUUAGAUGUCAGCGAAGUUACUUCAUCGACGAGAAAAGCCUCAGUCUCGCAUUGUGUUGUGAGGAUUAUAAUGGGAAUAUUUGUAUCUACAUUGCAAAGGGAAAAAUGUCUAAAAAAAUUAAGAUAAAAGGUGUGGAUAGGCAUCAUUGUCUUCAUCGUACGUAUUUUCCUAGUUUGGUCCAAGUUCCUUCAUAUCAAAGAGAAGUAGAAGAAAUAUAA